AUGUGGGCGAGUUACAUCCCUAAGCCUGGAAGGAUUUUCUUUACCGACGACCCGCGGAAUCAGCAGUUGGCGGAUGACUACGGCAUUGCCGUAUCUACUAGUCACCAUGAGCCCAUGCAGCGAGCGAGCAACGAGUGGAAGAAGGAUCCAAAGGGCGACUGGGACUGGGUGAACAACAAAGAGAACGUGGUCGCCUUCAUGGAUGAGGGAAUUCGUCGAGCGAGCAACAAUGAGUCCUACAUUACAUUGGGCAUGCGAGGAACUGACGAUGGUCCCAUCGAUGCCGAGGACCCGAUUGCGGUCCUCGAGGAUGUCUUUGCCACAGAACGAGAAAUCUUGGCAAAGUAUCACGGCAACGAGACGACGACAAAUCAGGUAUGGACUAUUUACAAAGAAGUUGCCACAUACUAUGCGGCUGGCCUGAAUCCUCCUGAAGACGUGACCUUGAUGUUUACCGACGACAAUUGGGGAAACAUUCAACGACUCCCGACCGAGUCAGAAAGUGGGAGGUCCGGAGGCAUUGGCGUCUACUUUCACUUCCAGUAUGUUGGCAAACCAAAGAGCUGGAAGUCUCAGAACACGAACAAUUUUCCCAAAGUCUACAAAGAGCUGUCUCAGGCCUACGAGCGCGGCGCCCGGCAAAUCUGGGUCAUGAACGUAGGCGACAUCAAACCCAACGAGUUACCGCUUUCUUUUGCUAUGGACAUGGCAUGGAACGCGAGCAAGUUUGACUUCGACAAAAUCCCCUCCUACCUGACGGCACUUGCAUCUCGAGACUUUGGUCCGGAGCACGCCGAAGAGAUCUCUUCCGCGCUCAUGACGUACAGCCACCUAGUCGGAAUGCGCAAGUUCGAGAUCCUACAACCCACGACAUACUCUAUCAUCAACUACCGCGAGGCCGAACGUGUUCUAGAGGCCUGGAAGCAGCUGGCAGACACAGCUCAGGCUCUUCACGAAGCUGUGCCGGAGGAUCGUCGCAUUGCGUUGUUCCAUAUCUUGACAUAUCCCGCCUUGAUCGGAUAUCAUUACCAUUCUAUCGUUAUCAACUCAGGAAGGAAUAGGCAAUACAGCUACGAGAGGCGAAACUCCGCAAACUUGAUUGCCGAACAGGUUCUCCAACAUUUUGACGAGGACUUUGACCUCACUGAAGAAUACGAUACCAUGCUAGACGGCAAGUGGAAAGGCCUGCUCACUACACCGAAAUACGACAUGGACCUCACGGACUGGCGGCCCUCGUCCAGCGACGUGGUCGCCAACCUUUCAUAUGUUCAGCAGCGGCAAGCAUUCGACUGGGGCGUCGGCGAACUCGGCAUCUACGUUGAGAACUCCCUCAGCGCAUACCGACAAGGGCGAAUCUGUGGCUCCAUCCAUCCAGCAUUACCAACCGACGAGGGCUUUUCUCUGGUCUUGCCGGCCAUGGAACCUCACGGUCCAAAGUCCCGACUCAUCGAGCUGUUCCAUCGUGGCGAUCACCGAAAGCCCAUCCACUGGACGCUGGAAGUCCCUUACCCAUGGGUUCUUGUGACCGCCACUACCGGCAUUUUGUCCAAGGACAAGCCCGAGGAAAAGAUCGAAGUCGCGAUUAGUUGGGAUUCGGUACCUGAGGGCCUCAACGAGACCGUUUCAGUUCGCGUGGAGUGGGAUCCGGCUCCUUACUUUGACCUGAUCCACAUCCCUGUCCUGAACCGUCGUGCCCCUGGGGGGUUCAUCGGCUUCCCUGAGACAGCCGGCCUCAUCUCCAUUGAAGGGCCUCACUACCAACGUGCAUCUGCCGAGUCUGAGAGUGAUACAGCGGUGGCAUUCACGCUUAUUGAGCACCUUGGCUCCCGCUCCGAAUCAGGAUCCAUCGCUCUGAGACCAUUUACUGCUGCUAGACGGUCCAGCGAAGCAGCUCGUGCCGCAUGGGUAGAGUACGACGUCUACAUCUUCUCCAACAUCUCAAAGUCAAUCAACGCCACGGUCAACAUCAACGGUGCACUCGACACAGACCCAGACCUUCCGAUGGAGUUCUCCCUCACACUAGUAGACGACGGUAGUGAGAGUGGUGGCGCUGCGAACUUUACACGCGUGCUUGGCGACCCUGCUACGCCGGGUGAUACGCCUCCAGAGUGGAACGACAAUGUGGCGGAUCAUGUGUGGACAAAGGUUGUGCAGCUGCCGCGGAUGAGCGUGGGGAAGCACACUCUUCGUUGGCAGGUUAAUUCACCAGAGGUCUAUCUUGAAAAGAUCUUGUUGGCGGUGAACGGGACCGUCGCGGGGAGUUAUCUUGGGCCGCCGGAGACGGGAGUAGGACUCUGA